UACAAAAGGUAUAUAAACAGUAAGAGCCGUAAAACUGCCACAAAAAAUUAUUCGAUUUUCAAAAAGUAUUGCAUGUCAGACUUUUCCUAUACUUUCUAGCCGUUAUUACAAACUUACAAAUAAAAAGGAAGGAUAUUAAAGCAGGUUGAUUGUGUAUGCAUUAAUAUAUUGUAUGCCGGUAUUAGUUGGCAUUUUGUAUUUGUGUUCUUGUAAAUGUCGAAAAACUGACUCGUGUGUUUGGCACUCUCAGCAUAAAUUGAGAUAAAAUUUGUAAUAAAAACAAGGAGCUCUCGCAUCGAAUGAUUGCCGGCAAAUAGUGAGAACAGGAUUUAAUGUGACGAACCGUAAACUAAUUUCAUGAAUUCAAAGACUGCCGUUUGUUUGCUUAAUAUUGUUAAAGCUUGAAGAUCCUAAAUAAAGAAAUCCCAGGAAUUUAUUUACAAAACAAACAAAAUGAAAACAAACUAACUGACUGAUUUUCAACAACAGAAACUUUUAUAAAAUAUUUUCCAUUUAUAUACACAAAUACAAUACCGUUGUCCUUACAUACAUGAAAUGCGAGAACGUUUAUUAAACGAUCAACCACGUGAAUCAUUACCACUAGAACAUAUGGAGCGUGCAAAUCUUUUAGAUAAUCGACAAUCAGCUGAAUCUCAACAGGUCGGCACAAUAGUCAAGCUGCAUGCGGAUGGUUAUCAUACGAGUCCAGCACAUCAAAGAACACCGCUGGUUCCAAGGGAUCUGGGUGAGGAUUUUAAUUUGGAUUUCGACGAUGACUUCCCCAUCGAUGCUAAACGUCCCAAGAAUGCCAAGGUUUCUUAUUCAAUGAAAACAAAUCCAAAUAUACGUGGUUUACUACCGGCAAGAAUAACUGUUCAUGGCACAUAUCAAACCAAUAUUAUAACAGGACCGAUUGAAUUAUGGACAUCAUUGUUUAUUGUAACUAGUCUGGUAUAUGCCAUCAUAUUGAUAGUGGUUUGCAUCGCUUAUGUUAUAAGCGAUGUAACAACACAUCGUUUGCCUGUAUUAUACUAUGAAAGUUUCUUUACGUAUUUGUACGGUGUAAGCAUACUCUUCCUGUUGUAUGUUUUCUGUUUUCUAUUGCAGGAGAGCUCCUGUUGCAAUGGGGGUAAUAAUAAACCGAAGUCACCUCCCAAAGAGAAAAAAUCGAAAAAGAAACAAGCAGAUCCAACCGAUUCGAAAGAUACGAAAGGUCCUAAGGAUACUGGCAAAGGUGGCAAACCAAGUCCCUAUCAGGAACGGUAUCCAGUCAAAAAACGUGAUUUGGUACGACAAUCUCUAAUACAAACACAGGAUUCACAAGUUGAUGCGGAGGUAGCUGUUACUCCGAAGAAUGUGCGUAAACGCAAGACCACCCAUAGUGAUCCUACGCAUGGCAGUUUCUUUUUGCGAGUAGGAGCUAUCGCGUUUGGCUUGGGUGCCAUGAUUUAUAUUGGCUUGGAAUUCGGUUCAUUUUUUGAGAUACCCUUCGACUCGCCAUGUCAUCAUAUAUUGAUUGGUGUUAAUCCUUUGCUGCAAAUGAUUUUCACGUUUAUGCAAAUGUAUUUCAUCUUUAUGAAUGCCAGACUUAAUAUUCAUCGUUUCAAAGUAAUUGCCCGUUUCGGUUUGAUGCAUGUGGUCGCCACUAAUCUUUGCGUUUGGAUACGUACUUUAGUUAAGGAGUCUUUACUAGAAAUUACUCUAUAUCAUCAGCGACGUGAAAUAGAAGCUGAAGAUUCAUCGAUUGCUCAGUCGAUACGACAGCACGCCUUACGCCAUGCCGGUACUGUGUUACGUACUCAUAUUGGACCCAAUGAGGAAUUUGAGGUUUUAGAUGGCGAAGACUUGCUACCUGUUAAUGCUUACAAAACGGAUAAUGUGUUGUCUAAGUUUGUGCGCAAGACGGUCAAUGGUCUUACUAAGACCCUUGGUAUAAGCUCGAAUGAGGUUAGUGAUUUAACUAGCUCUGUGAUAGUUGGCACCAGUACCUUGCCUACUACUACGACAACAACAACUACUACUCGUAUGCCCUUUACUACGCCUAACUAUUAUCAGCAUCAUCAAUGGCACAGCACUACUAUGGCACGCAAGUUGAAGAAGUUUAUCACCAGUACUACCGCUGCCACUACCACAAGCUUAGGCACUACUAGCACUACCGCACCCAUGCCUUCGACAAGUGCCGUUACUUUGGGUGCAGAAACAACAACCACGACCACUGAGUUGCCCUUAAGUACAUUCCAGCAUUCCAUGUCCACUGCUUCUUACAAGGGGGCAGAAAAUUUGUUAGCUUCUGUUGCCAGUACCGCUGCUCCGACCACCGCUUCCGCAUCUAUAGAAUCAUCACCUAGCAUUGCAUCUAGUCUUGCCACAUUCUUCAGUAAUCUCAUAUCGAGCACACCAUCAUCACCCACUACCAACACCGUCACUUCAACCGCAACCAUCGCCACCACUACAUCCUCUAUACCCUCAUCUACCACUCGUAAUGCUUUAAGUUUCAUGAGCAAUCUCAUGGAAAAUAGUUUUCAGACCUAUUCCGGCAUAUCCCAUCCCGAAAGCACUGGCCUUGUAUUACAUGAGAAUUACGAAAAUCUCGAUAACAUUUAUCCAGCUGCCCUAUCCUCGAAUGUCGGCACCCUCAAUUCCACUGCCUGCGGUCGUGUAGAUAUUAUGGGUACUAUUGUUUAUGAUUCGGCACCCUAUCUAUAUCCCUUUAUCAUUGAGUAUUCCCUGAUUGGCGCUGUUGUCCUCUAUGUUAUGUGGAAGCAUAUUGGCCGCUAUCCCGGCCGAUUGAAUGAUGACGACUUGGAGCAUCGCUUGGAAGUCAUGCUGUCACGCCGUGCUGUGGCCAUGGCUCAACAGGCGCGUUCAGGUCGUGUCGAUUGUGUCGGUUCAUCAAAGGGUCUGUUCUUUGGUCUGUUGUUGUUGGUCGGUGCUCUAAUCUGUUUGAUACUCUUCUUCGUCUUGGUGCGUCAUCAGCAGUUCUCGCUAUUAGCUAUUUAUUUGGCUGAUGCCAGUCAUUGUAUACUUAUGGCGUUUGCAAUAUUGGCCAUUAUUGUAGGAUUUUUCAGAGUUAAAAAUCUUAAAUUCCGUUGCGAGGAACAAUCAAACUUGAAUGAUAUAUUGUUGCGCAUCUCAGCCUUUGGUCUUUUCACUUAUUCGGUAUUCAGUGUUAUAUCCGGCAGCUUGAAGUUCUUGGAAAGUGAGCCCCAUCUCUUAGUUACCACCACUAGCGCUGUUGCUGUCUUGCAAGUAAUUUUGCAACUUUUAUUCAUUGCCGAUGUAUCGCGUCGUCGAGUUCACCUACCUGAACAUGAUCGCAGCAAACCUGGACGCCAAAUUGUAACAUUUCUGUUGAUAUGCAACGUAGCCAUGUUUGCCAUUUACACAUUCGAAGCUCAAAAAGUAUUCGCCAAUCCCGUAAGUAGAUAUGUACAAUUGGAUUUCUAUGGCUUUGUACCAUGGUCCAUAAUACAGCGUGUAACACUGCCACUUUGCAUUUUCCAUCGUUUUCAUAGCGCAGUAACACUAGCCGAAAUCUGGAAGACCACCUAUAAGGCACGCUUGGAGUAAAUAUGAAUAUUCAAGUAAAGCCCAAACGAUAUAUUGUAGUUAAGAAUGUGGUAACAAUUAAAAA